AUGGGCAAAGAAGAUGAGACCACCGUACUGAACAUUGAUGAGAAAAUUAUGCAGACCCUUGAUGCGGUUUUUGUAACAGGGCCUGCUCAGAGGGCAACCCAAAGGGGUCCUUUGACCAGAUACGAUGAAGAAAUCGUUUAUCCUGAAAAACUGAAUGCCACUUCAAUUUUGGGGGGUCUAGACCCGGCUGGCACACUUGACAAUGAGAAUUCCCUCGAUUAUAACAUGGAUGCGGACCAACAUCUGUCCUUUCGACUGCAGAUGUUUGGGGAAGAGCUGACCCUCCAUUUAGAGAAAGACCCCAGUUUUUUCUCCAAGGACUUGACCGUCCAAUAUUUGGGCAGAUUGAGGCCGGAGGUGGACACUCCAACUGAACGUGGCAACUACUACACCGGGACAAUCAAUUCGGAUCCGGAAUCGAUCGUGGCAAUCAGUUUUGACGGGACCUCUUUGAUUGGGGUGCUGCAGUAUGGGGGUACCGAGUAUCACAUCCAGCCUCUGAAAGGGGGGACCCCAAACAUGGAGGGAGGAACCGAAGCCCACGUGGUGAGGAAGAAGAUGUUAGACAAAGGGGACGGGCCCAUGUGUGGGGUUGGCGCGCAGGCGUCGGAGGGCGCGCCCAGCGAAGAAGGAAAGCUAUGGAAGAAAACGGAUGCAUUUCCCAGGAGAACCAAGCGCUUUGCGUCCAUCCCACGCUACGUGGAAACCUUGGUGGUGGCCGACGAAGAAAUGAUGCGCUUUCACGGCGCCGGGCUGAAGCCGUACCUGCUCACCAUCAUGGCAGCCGCUGCCAAGUUCUUCCGCCACCCGAGCGUCCGGAAUCCCGUCAACUUGGUGGUGACCAGGCUGGUGGUGAUCGGAGAAGCCGAGGACGGGCUGAGGGUCACCUCCAACGCGGCCGAGACCCUGCGCAAUUUUUGCAGCUGGCAGAAAGGGCUGAACAAGCCCAGCGAUAAAGACCCCGAGCAUUUCGACACGGCCAUUCUCUUCACCAGACAGGAUCUCUGUGGACGCUCCAGCUGCGGCACCCUUGGCAUGGCAGAUGUGGGCACAGUCUGUGAUCCGACCCGCAGUUGUUCCAUUGUCGAGGACGAUGGGCUCCAGUCAGCCUUCACUGCGGCCCACGAAUUGGGCCACGUCUUCAACAUGCUGCACGACGACGACAAACACUGCAAGGAGCUGAACCGUCACAGCAGCACCCGCCACAUGAUGGCCUCCGUCAUGUCUCCCGUCAAUCCCGACGAGAUGUGGUCCCCGUGUAGCAGCCGCUUCAUCACUGAUUUCUUGGACAACGGACACGGAUCCUGCCUUUUAGACAAGCCCCACGAACCGCUGAAGCUGCCGGCCGUCUUCCCCGGCAGCAAUUACAACGUGGACCAGCAAUGCCAGCUCAGCUUCGGCACCGAAUCCCGCCACUGUCCCAACAUACACUCGCCCUGCUCCUCGCUCUGGUGCACCGGCCAGAUCAACGGGCAGUUCAUGUGCCAGACCAAAUAUUUUCCCUGGGCAGACGGGACCCCCUGCGGGGAAGGGAAGAGCUGCAUGAGCGGGGAAUGCAUCAGCCACACGCAGCUGAAGGCCUACAAUAUUCCGACCCACGGAGGUUGGGGCUCCUGGGGGCCAUGGGGCGACUGUUCCCGCAGUUGCGGCGGUGGGGUCCAGUACUCGACCCGGGAAUGCAACAAGCCAGUUCCCCGGAAUGGGGGCAAAUACUGCGAGGGGAAACGAACUCAGUUUCGUUCUUGCAACAUACGGGAGUGCCCAGACGGAAACGCUCUGACCUUCCGUGAGCAACAGUGCGCCGUGUACAACCACCGAACGGACAUGUUCAAAGAUUAUCCCGCGCCCAUGGACUGGGUCCCUCGUUACAGCGGUGUGGCCAAGCGCGAUCAAUGCAAGCUGACCUGUCAAUCCCAUGCUUUGGGCUACUACUACGUGCUGGAGCCAAGGGUGGCUGAUGGGACGCCCUGCUCGCCAGAAUCUACCUCGGUCUGUGUCCAGGGACGCUGCAUCCAUGCCGGCUGUGACCGCGUCAUCGGGUCAAAGAAAAAGUUUGACAAAUGCAUGGUGUGCGGUGGAGACAACUCGCAAUGCACCAAAGUCUAUCGCUCCUUCACCAAACCUCAGUACGGCUACAACGACGUGGUCACCAUCCCUGCCGGAGCCACCAGCAUCCUGAUCCGCCAGAUCAGCAGCUCGGCGACGGCCAGCGACGGCAUCUACCUGGCCCUCCGCCGGAGAGACGGCUCCUACGCCCUGAACGGCAACUACAUCCUGAUCCCCUCCGAGCAGGACGUUCACCUCCGCGGCGGCGUCACCUUGCGCUACAGCGGGGCCACCAAGCCGAUGGAGAUGAUCACCGGCCCGGGACCCCUGAAGGAGCCGCUCACCUUGCAAGCAUUGGUGGUGUCCGAUCAGAAGACCCCCCGCCUUAAAUACACCUUCUUCGUCCCCAAGCCCACCAAACGCCUCUCCAAUCAGUGGCUGAAGCAGAAAGCCCGAAUUUUGGAGGUGCUACAGAGUCGGCGAGGACGCAAAUAG